UCCAAAUAAUUCACCACCCUCCCCGUUUUGAUUAAACAACGUAACAUGCAGCAGCACUGAACUCCGGCCUGAAAGUCUGGAAUCUUCCCCCGUUCACGUUUAUAAACACGCACACCUUCUGAACAAUAGCACACCCCAGGAAUUCAAGCAUCCAAGUGUGUGGUUGAGCUGGUAGAAACCAAGCACCAGCAAUGGCAGCGGCGGCAGGAGUAGGAGAGGGAGAGGAGGUGAAGCUGCUGGGUUGUUGGGACAGCCCGUUCGUGAACAGAGUGCAGAUCGCGCUCAACCUCAAGGGGAUCCCCUACGAGUACGUCGAGGAAGACCUCCACUGCAAGGGCGCCGUCCUCCUCGCCUCCAACCCCGUGCACAAGAAGGUGCCCGUCCUCAUCCACAACGGCAAGCCCAUCCCGGAGUCGCAGGUCAUCCUGCAGUACAUCGACGAGGCCUGGGCCGGAUCCGACGGGCCGAGCCUCCUCCCCGCCGACCCGCUCCAGCGGGCCGCCGCCCGCUUCUGGGCCGCCUUCGUCGACGACAAGGUGGGGGCCCCGUGGUUCACCAUCCUCUUCGCGCGCGAGACAGAGGAGAAGAAGGAGGCGGCGGCGAGGGCCGUCGCGGCCAUGGAGACGCUGGAAGGCACCCUCGGGGAGGAGAAGGCCUUCUUCGGCGGCGACGGCAUCGGGUUCGUCGACGUCGUGCUCGGCAGCUACCUGGGGUGGUUCGUGGUGAUCGAGAAGAUGAUCGGCGUGAAGCUCCUGGACGCGGCGAGAAUGCCGGCGCUGGCGGCGUGGGCCGAGCGGUUCAAGGCGGCGGACGCGGUGAAGGGCGUCCUGCCUGAAGAUGUUGAUAAGGUGCUCGAGUUCUUGCAGACGUUCCUUCGUAACCAGAGACCAGAAAACAAGCUUUCUCCAGUUAAGCCUCUUCCACCAACGCCACACACAUAUCUCCUUACUCGAUCCGAAUCAACAGUCGUUCCGAUGGCAGGAAGCGGAGAGCUGAAGCUGCUGGGCGUGUGGACGAGCCCGUACGUCAUCAGGGUGCGCGUCGUGCUCAACCUCAAGUCGCUGCCGUACGAGUACGUCGAGGAGGACCUGGGCAGCAGGAAGAGCCCCCUCCUGCUGGCCUCCAACCCGGUGCACAAGAGCGUCCCCGUGCUCCUCCACGGCGGCCGCCCCAUGAACGAGUCCCAAAUCAUCGUGCAGUACAUCGACGAGGUCUGGUCCGGCACCGGCGUCCCGUCCAUCCUGCCCGCCGACCCGUACGAGCGCGCCACGGCGCGGUUCUGGGCGGCGUACGUGGACGACAAGGUCGGGCCGGCGUGGCUGGGGAUGGUGUUCACGUGCAAGACGGAGGAGGAGCGGGCCGAGGCGUGGGACCGCGCCGUGGCGGCGCUGGAGACGCUCGAGGGCGCGCUCGGGGAGUGCUCGAAGGGGAAGGCGUUCUUCGGGGGCGAAGGCAUCGGCUUCGUGGACAUCGUGCUCGGCGGCUACCUCGGGUGGUUCGCGGCGAUCGACAAGCUGAUGGGGCGCAGGCUGAUCGACCCGGCGCGGACGCCGCUGCUGGCGGGGUGGGAGGCGCGGUUCCGCGCCGCGGACGCGGCCAGGGGCGUCGUGCCGGACGAUGCCGACAAGGUGCUCGAGUUCAUGAGGACUCUGCUCGCCUGGAGCGCCUCCAAAGCAGAGUGAACGCCCGCGAGGUUGAGGUUGGUGAGUUGCGUGAUGUGGGGUGAUGUGUCUGUUUGUGUGCGCGUGUUUGAGUCCGUUUUGCCCAAUAAAUGUACUUACGAGACUACUCGUAGUAGUGCGUAAAUGAUGCUGAAUAAACCAUGUUAGUUAUGUCCGAA